AGUUUGGGACGAAACCCGCCGGACUGUAUGAUGCUGAAGUGACCAUACCGUGGGGUCAGACCCGAAAAUCAUGCAGACGACUUCUCAAGACGUGAACGGACAGCAAUUUCCAUCUGUCAUCAACCUUAAUGUUGGAGGACGAAUUUUUGCUACGCGUCUAUCCACACUCUGUAAAUACCCGGAGUCCAUGUUGGCUGUCAUGUUCAGCGGGCGUCACACAGUGGACAAGGAUUUGGACGGAAAUUAUUUCAUCGACAGAGAUGGGACCUACUUCCUGUUUGUUUUGAAUUUUCUGAGGGACGAUAAUGAUCUUCCCCCAGUAAACUACGCUGAGGAUGUUCUGAAAGAAGCUAUGUUUUACGGGAUACAAGCUCUGGUUGACCGAUUAAAAAACUCUCCUCCUCUCUUUGCUGAAUACGUGGUGCGAGAGAAUGUCCGUAAGAAACUGACCGGAUAUCAGGAGAUUAAGGAGGAGAUCAUAUCCCUGGCUAAGCUCCAGGUGAUGGAAAGUGGUGCUAUCACAUCAGUUGUAAGACUGAUAAUUUCUAAAAACCAGCCCGUGCCUCGUGACUUACAGUUCUCUAAACAGGUUUACAAGCAGUACUACAGAAAGUUUCGACUUUACCAAAGUUUUGAGGCUUGCUAUGGUAAAUAUUUCAUAAAUUUGCCUGCUGAAAGGGUAAAAGGUCAUCCUGACGCGGUCAUGGACCUAGUUGCGGCUUGUUUGAGUCGUGACCUUCUUGAGGAGGGGUAUAAGGGCAUAUUUAAAUCCGAAGGUGUGCAUGAUGAGGAUCGUAAGCUUAAGACUGUCACGUGGUGUGACGAAGAGUUCCACGUGUCCUCAUCAUGUCACAUGUUCAGGUUUGACUGGCUAGACACACCAGGCAGACAUUAAAUGUGUUGUAUUAAUGGGAACCAUUACAGCGCAUUGUCUAUAAUGAUCACGCCACUUUGAUGCCAGAUACUGAUAUAUACCCAUCGUCAUUUUCUUAGAAGAUAAAGCGACAUUUUUUUCUAGUUAUAGUAGAUACAAAUAUACAUGUACAUAUUAUAUAGGCCUGAUCACCUUCAUUCCAAAUAUAUAAGUGGGCGCCAUUUUUUCUCGGUAAAUAAGUAAAACCUUGUUUAUUCUAUGUUAACAAUAUUACUAUGUAAAUGGACAAGCAAUCCUCGAAACUAAAUGAUCAACCAUUCCAGUAAUUUAUAUAGCAGCCAACGAAAUAGCCUAGCCAUAUUAAUUUAAUAAAUGGAUUACAAUUAUUUAAUGUAAAUCUUCCCACAAGAUAAUCCACAAAAUCAUCUUUCCACGCACAAGUUUUCCCCCGUACGGAAUACAGACCGACAAAGUUUAUCUCUUAGAUGUUAACUAUUUUUUAAGUCAGUUUACUUAUGAACCUUUUUUAACUAGGUUAAAUCUGCAUUUCUACUGAUAGUUAAACUGUUCAACUCCAAGUUUCGAACAACAUAUUUCCUGUGUAAUUGUGUACAUUGUGGUUUAUUUAUUUAUUUUUUUCGGGAGAGUUUGAUUUCAUUUCUUUAACUCUAAACAAAAACGACCGCCCGAUAAACUGUGAAUAUGUGUAAUAUUAGGGUCGUCUCCAAACUUGUUUUGACUUCAAUAUUUUAUUUUGUAUAAUACACUAUUUUUGUAACUUUGUAGUUUACACUAGGUACCCAUGUGUAAUUUUGACAGUAGUGUAACUCUGGUGAAAUGUAAACAUACGACAUAUAGGUCAGAUAAAUGGUUUUAUUUUUUAUUUCCUUUUUUUUUUAAUUUUAAGCCUUAAUAUAUGUAGGCCGCAUGACUGUUUGUUGUUUAAAUUUUGUAACUUAAAGGUGAAUUUAAUAUUAAUGUAUGUCAUCAUCAGAUUUACUAUUGUAUUUCUUGGGUUUUAAUGUGUGCCACGUGGUUAUUUGUUGUAUUUUUAGUGUUUACAUUACCAGAUAAACUAUUGUUUUUAUUGGAUUUGCCCCAGCUGAAUCGGUCACGUGACUAUAUGUGGCUAUGUUGUAUUAUCCUAUGAAAUGUUGACCACCAGAUUGUUUUCAUAUUUGUUUCCAAACCUGCCUGUAUGUUAUAACUGAUUUACAUCGAGUCACAAUAUAGUUGUCACUUGUUUUGUUCUUAUAAAUGUGGUCGGUUCUUUUAAUACUCAUUCCUUCAUUACCACAGGAGUAACUAAUGUUAAGCUCACUUGUAAACAGGUUACAUGUAUGGGAUCUUACAUAAUCUUACAUUAAUGAAAAAAGAUCUUCCGAACUUUUUGUUUAGCGUCCCUGUAACGAGCUGACAAAUGUGGUUGGUUUCAUAUACUUUUUUAUCACAUAAUUCAUUAAUUUGUGUAAUAUUACUUAUAUCAUUCCCUCUAUGUCAAUCUUGGCGUCAUGACCCUCUAUAUAUUUAUAGGCACAUUUUUGAUGCCAUAAUGUAAUCUGCAAGCGUAUGACGUCACUAUCAUUUAAUUGUCUAUUGCUGACGUCACAAUAGAAUAUAUUAUAUGUCAAUUAUGUGAUUAAUAGAGAUGUAACCUUUAUGACGUAACUUGUUAAUGUGAUGUAUUGACUUCUACGGUGUCGUGAAUAUGGAAGCCAUUGAAAUAGGACUUAGAUAUCAUAUUAUCUUUAGUACAUCGGUGAUACUCCAGGGGUUAUGCUCACUAUUUGCACCGCGGAAACAUUUCAUUGCGAAAUUGAAGGUUUCGUGUGCGACUCAUAGUCAUUUAAGAUAAAAUUGAUUUGAUCCUCUGAUAUACACUAAACGAAUCUCGAGGUCGCAUAAUGGUUCUUUCUUUGAAGUUGUGUGUCGCUCCUUUGUAAUCUUCAAAUAAACGUAUCAGUCUGUGAUUGGUUUGUUUUCCUCCUGAAACCCUCUCUAGACCUAUCAAAUUACUACGCUUGUGCCUGCAGUUUUGUCAGGAAAUUUUCUAGGGGUGCAGAGAGCGAAAGUGAUCGAAGAUACCAUUAAAACUUCUCCACAGAGAACGUUUCUGGGCUAUGUUUUAAGAAGACGUUUUAUCUCAUAUGUCUUGCUUGAGGAGAUACCAUUUUGCAGUUUGUCUAUUACUUAUGGUAGAUAAUAGUUGAUCUUUAUGACAGCACCAUGAUGAAGAUUGCAACAUAUAGAAUACAGUAUAUACACUGAAACAAGGAUACGUACGGAGCCCGUUAACUGACAUGCUCCAUACUUAUU